CAAGAAUCGAUAUGAAGCCGUUGAAAGCAAUCACAUUCUUAUCACUAACAUCCUUGGGAUUAAUACUCGCGGAGAAGUACGAGUGUCCAUUCGAGGAGAAGACGGUCGGGAUAUGCGCCUUGAACGAGCCCAGCCGCCACCAACAUAGGAUAUUCUCAAAAGGAUCAAAGGGGAAAGGGAGGAGAAGGAGGAUUCGAAAGUCCACGAAAGACAAGGAAGAUGAGAACAGUCAAUCAGAGAUCCUGCCAGCCGACCAGCCAGACGAGAAAAAUUUGUUGAUCUACGAAUGUGAAAACAAGUCCGAUGUCCAAUGGUGUUGUCCAACGAACAAAUUCAUGUUUGAUGACCCCGAUGUAUCGAUGACCGUAGACACCACCUUGUUGGAUGAUAACUGUCGUGAGGGCAAGGAGCUCUAGCCUUAUGUUAGCGCUUAAAUCAACCCGAAUUUUCUUCGAUGAAUAUCGGAUCUGUGAAGGAGUGUAAUUCCCGCCACCUCGUCGGCCUGAGGCAUUUUGGACCAGGCCCUCUGGCACUAUCACUGACAUUGUCAUCUUGGUUAUUAGCCUUACUACUCUUGCCAUAUCACAUUCUAAACGGAAUGAUACCCGGCCUCAG